CCAACAACGUGAUUGUGGUAAAAUACAAUGUUGGAAUUAUCGUUGUUCAGCCUUCCUGUGUUGUGCAUAAUAAUCAUGAAGUCGAUUCACGGUAGCGGGAAACAUGAAUACGUCAAAUAUACACUCGCAGAGUAACAGCAGGCUGCUUUCUGCACUGCUCGAAGUUCGUCAAGCAAUAUAUUCUCAUCUCGAUCGUCAUGUUCAUGCGUUUUUGUCGGAGGGAAAGUUGCGCAUGCUCAUCUGUCUUGAACCCAACCUAGGGGAUCAUGAACACGCUGGCACAGAGCGUCUAGUUCCAGGUGAUCAUGCAAGGUCGACAGAUCCUCAAUGGGCACGGCGUUUAGGAUCGUCGUGGGGCCCACACUGGGAAUGUGAAGAGCAUGGCACGUCGCAAAAGCAAAAGAAGGAUAGUGAUCACAUUUACAAUCUUCGCCUCUUGUGUAAGAAGAUGUUCCUGGAUGUCUGCGAUAUUGUGUCUGAGGUGUCCUCCAUCAAUAUCACAGAUCUACACACUCUGGAAAGCUUGGUAUCACAGCCACAUGGCGCUCAGAACCCAGAGCUGUUCCCAUUAACUGUCUGCAAGCAUGUCGGCCAGCGAAUUCACAAUCUCAACAUCACGCUCCGGCUCCCGUUGGCAUUUUAUAAGGAUCUCGAAGACAAUCAAACAGGGACAGCGGCCAGCUCUAGCACUUCCAUAUCUUCAAUGACAAUCAAACACAUAUGUAAUACUUGGACGCGGUUCUGGUCUAUAACAGCUGGUUUGGAACAGCUCCAUUGCCUUCACGUUUGGCUGGAUCACGAGGAUCCAUCUUCAUGGUCUGUCGUCAAAGAACGGUUGGCUCUGGGAUAUCUCUUUGCGGAUCUUGGAUCGCAAAUGCGGGCUCGCUCUUCCAGGAAAAGCUUUCCGCAGUUACAUAUCAUAUUCAAUCUCCCGAAACUACACCCGGGAAUUGCCAAGGAAGAGACUCACUUCCUCGGCAACACCUCUCCACCAACUCCAGUCACCAUUGAACGACGAUGCCGACAACGAUUUCAUUGUCUCAAGCACGAAGGGGGUGUCCUUGAAAUAAAAUACAUGCCAGACUUUCCCAUCAUGCAUGAGCUGGCGGAUUUUUGGGCCGAUGACAGCAAUGGAGAGCUUGCCAUAACAUUCGAAGAGUGCGAGGACAUGGAGAAACAAAUGUGGUUACGUGGGGAAGAUGUGGAGCAGGCAAUGCUGGAGAUGAUACCUGAUUUUAAUGUUUGCUAUUAGAUAUCAAAGAGCAUAGCUUGCUGGCUAUCACUUGGAAGAAAAGAUAAAUUUCUCACUUGUCUGAUUCUGAGUCAGAGACUGGGCUCUUCCAACAUCUCUUCUGUGGCGAGUUGAACCUUAAUUGAGUGAGUACCAUGUGGGCUUCUUGUCAGGGUCUGAGGUUCAUACGAGAAGGGCGGUUGCAUGCUUCGUGGUAGUAAAAGCACGCCUCUUUAGAACCUAACGUCUAUUUAUCUAACGCUUAAG